AGAUUAAAUAUUUUUUCGGGUAAACCCUAACAGACAGGUUUCCAUUUAGGUCUUCGAAGGUACCAGUAAGCAGGUGAAAGUUGACACGAGACAGACUUCCAGCACAAAGCAUGAUCCAGUAGUGGUGACCAGAAUAAUUACAAUGGAACCAAGUGUAGAGAGUUUGUAUUUUCCAGCUUUGUCUCAAGGCAUCAGUAAAGAAUGGGCUGAAGGGAAUUUUGCUGAUUUAGAAGUCAUUGUUGAAGGGCAAAAUUUCAAAUGCCAUCGUAUCAUUCUGGCGUCAAUGUCCCAAUAUUUCUCAACAAUGUUUACGUCUGGUUUUAAAGAAAGCACUGAGAAAUCAGUCGAGAUAAAGGGUAUGAAGGGUGAUGCUUUCCAUUUGGUGUUGGAAUACAUCUACACAGGACGUAAUAUUGUAAGCAUAGAUAAUGUAGUACAUGUCUUACAGUCUGCCUCCAUGCUACAGAUCAAAACUCUUCAAGAUCUUUGUAAAAGCUUUUUACGGAAGAAUCUAUCUGUUGAAAACUGCAUAGGUUUUUGGAGAUUGACAUUCCUGUAUAGUCUGGGAGAUCUACAGGCUCUCAUGUGGACAUUUCUUGUUAAGAAAUUCCCCGUUAUUGUUAACUGCAUGGAGUUCUUGUCAUUGCAUGAAGGUGAGCUUCUCAAGAUUAUUGAUGAUCAAGAUCUUAACACUCCAUCAGAGGAGUUUGUAUGUGAGAUGGUUAUGAAAUGGUACACAGCCAAUAAGAAUAUUAGCAGUGAGGUACUGGUAGCCAUCUUUGAACAUUUGAAAUUCCAGUUAAUGGAUGAAAAGUAUGUCAGGAAUUUAAUGACUAAGUUUCCUGAACUCAACCAAAUUGGGCCAAUAAAAGCCAUGGUGGAACAGAGAUUAUUAGCAGAGCUUAAUGCAGAUAUGUUGGACUCUUCUUACAGGAAGGAAGAAAUAUUUUGUAUGGUGGGUACUCGAAGCAGGAUGCCUGAUCCCUCUAAGACAGAAGUUCAAUGUUAUAGUUACCAAGACAAGAAGCAGUUCCAUUUGGCGCCAUUACCUAUUGAGCCUGGUCCCUGUUUUGCUGUCUGUACUCUCAACAAUGAUAUCUACAUAUCUGGUGGCUAUAACCAACAACACCUGGUCCUACACUUCAGCUCCAAACUAAACAAGUGGGACCAGUACAACUGUAUCCAUGAUGCAAGAUGGGGACAUGGCAUGGUUGCCAUUGAUGGAUAUAUCUAUCUUAUUGGAGGAAUGUCCAAAACCAUGGAAACUCUAUCUACCAUAGAACGAUACAAUCCUAAUACCAACACAUGUGAAAAAGUGGGAAAUCUGAAACAAGCCAUUUCAUCUAUGACAGUAGCAGUGAAAGGAUCUAAGAUCUAUACUUUUGGUGGAAAGCAAAAUGAUCGAAAUGCAUCUCUUUUGAUCCAGACAUAUGAUGUCAUAGAAGGAGAAUCUAAAGUAAUUGGUGAAUUGCCAGCAACCUGUGCUGGAGGUGUUGGGAAGACCGUCACAUUUGGAGAAGAUAUCUUCAUAAUAUUUAGAGAAGGAAAUAUUGCUCAAUUCAAUGAAACAGAAGGAACAGAAGUUGUAGGAUUCUCACAGAGAUUUGAACAUUUUGGAACUGUUAUGAAGGAAAAUAAAAUCUUGAUCAUAGGAUGUGCAAGUAGCAACUUCACUUCUUACUCAUUUGAUCCAGUUUUUAAGAAAAUUGUUGACAUACCAUCUGAAUUCAAGGCCCCCAUGUGUAACUUUCACCUACUCAGAGUUAUCUUGAGUAAGAAAUAUCUGGUUAAUUAAUCUGGUUUAAAGAAUCCUGAACAGUUUUAUAUCUUUCUAUUUCAGACUUAAACCUUUACUUGACUGUCACAUAAAUUUACUGAUAUUUUUGUCGUAUAUGUGAUAUUUCAAAAUAAUAUGUAAAACAUAAUGGAUUUCCGUAUAAUUUUCCAUUUUUGUUUUUUUAGUAUCCACAUAAACAGGUAAACACAAAAGAAUUGAUAUAUGCUACAUGUAUAUAGGCCCCAUGUUGUCAUUUCAGAAUUAAACACUUCUAUUUGUAAAUUUAUUGGUGUGUAUUAAAAAUAUCAACCUAAGUAAGUACAUUUUGUCAUGAGCAUUACAAUCCUAUCAAAUUAGUAAAAGAAGCAUUCAAUAGUAUUUUUUCUGGGAUCAUGGAAACAUAUUACGUCCAUUAUCACUGAAGUAGUACAUAUUUUUGUUAUUUUAUUUACCUCUAAACUUUACGGAGCAGCUUGUGUCAGCAUG